AGAGAAUAUUGAAGAGCAUGAAACAUACGUGAAAGAGAAGAUACAAAAAAACAUCAUCAUCAUCAUUGGAUGCAAACUGGCUGUUUGAUAGUAGUAAUUGGAGUUGAAAGUGCUGAAGCUGUGAAGCAUCAUCAUAUAUAUAACACAGGAUUCAUAAUCCAUUUAGACAUCAUGCGAAAUUUGAAAAUCCACAGCAAUAGUCAGCCGCAUUCAUUCAUUUAUGAGGAUCCAAGAAUUCAGGAGCAGAGGAAAAUUUUGCAGCAGAGAAUGUAUGGCAAUAGAUUUGUGAUAAGAGAGGUUCCAAUACAAGGUUUGUUCAAUGGAGAAAAAUUUGGUAAUAACAAUAAUGAUAAUAAUGUCAUGAUGGACUAUGAUAUCCCUGAGUUUGUUGUUUUCAUUCAAGAAGAUCUUCAACAAUUUGUUAAGGACAUAGGGGUUGAUAGGGUGGUGACCCCAGAACAAGAUUAUUGUGACUUAGAUCAUAGUCAUCAUAAUAAUGAUAAUAUUUGUCACAUCAAAAGUAGAAGUGAUCCAAAUCUGGUAAGAACUAUGAAGAGAAUGUCAACAAUUUCUGAUGGGUCAGAAUGUGACUUUAAACACACUUCUACAAAGAAGAGGACAUCACAGACACUUGAAGAGAUUUUCAGAAAUGAUGCAGAAUUCUCAAGACCUUUCAAGAACUGGCAAUUGAAUUCACAGCUAGGAACAACUGUGAACAAGAAUAAGUACAAUAACAACAGAGUGAAGUAUCCAAAUCAGUGUUCUUGUCCAUACUUAUCACAAUUUACAAACACUGCAACCAUGCCUCCUCCUAUAAUAAUAGGUUCACAAAUUGAUGAUUUUCCUCAUCAAGAGGUUUCUUCACAUGCUCCAAGUCCUCUCUCAGUUCCAAUAUUAUCAUCAUCAACAACAAAUUCUGGUUCUGAAGCAUCAAUGUCGUCAAUCAAUGCACCUCAUCAUCAUCAUCAAACGAAUGACAGCAUAAGCAGUACACACUCAUUUGCAUUUCCCAUAUUACCUGCUGAAUGGAGUGGAAGCCCAGUGAGAAUGGCGGAAGGUGAGAAAAGGAAAUCAAGAUUUCGCCAAUGGUGGAAGAUAUGUGUGUUUCCUUGCUUCAAAUGCUUUUGAACUAUAAACAACAAAAGAGGAUUAUAUGAUAUUAUCCAUUAGCUAUGGAUAUUUAUUUAUCUUUUAUGAUUCUAUAAUAGUUAUAGGUAUACAUAUCAUAUCAAUUCAAAUUAACAUAUAGUCAUUAAGAAGAUUAUAUACAUUUUUGGUUCAUCCUUUA